GCCAACUCGAACCACGCAUGGGCGAUGACCCAAUCCGGAAUCGGGCAGCCCUAAUUCAACUCCACACCGAAUACGAAAACAUCAACCAGACCGAAGAAUGCGACAACGGGCCCACGCGACGAGGCAGGGGUCAUGCCUCGUUAAUAGUCGAUCGACUCCUGGACGAGAUCCACCCCGAAUGGUCGACGUGCGACGAGCAGCGCCGAUCGAAUUUACGCGCGAGAUUCCAUAACCGCAAGCGUUUUGGGAAGCGCUGGGCGGUGCUCACUCGACACCUUGGCCCUGCAGUCUUGUUCAUCUGCUCGCGUAAGCUGGAGAAAAUGGUCAAAAACACCGUUGUUACGGUCCAGUUCCUCGAGCAGAUCAGUGAACACAUUGCAGGCAAUUGUCAGGACGUCGUCGAGCUUUUGAAUACCCUCAACCCGCUAGCGACCGAUCUCAUCCAGAAUCGAGACAUCAACACACAUAAUAUAAACAGCAUUAUAGAAUAUCUUUGGAGGGGUCAUUCCGAGGGGUUAUACGAUUCGGGUUUGACAUAUCUCUCACAUUCCGCAUAGACAAACAUGUUUCUAUUAGAGCAGUGGGGUCCUUUUUAGGCUCAUUGGAAAUGACAAUACACGAUUGGGUCG